AUGGCGCUGAUCACGUCCUUAAGGUUCAUCGUGGAAAGGGAAGGAUUGUUAGUUCGACAUCCGUUGCUAAAAGGAAUCGAGCAGCUUUUCGCUCUGGGCCAGAACAUGCGAAAACGGUACUAUCAUUUCAUACCGAAGCACAUCGGCGGCAUGAAGCGCAAAAUCUACGCCGUUAGCAGCUGCGCUCCCCGGUGCAUCUUGAGUGCUCAGAGUUUUUUGACCGGAUUCGUACAAACUUCUAACAGCUCUGCAGUCCUGAAGCAACCGGUGCCGCUGAACAUUCUACUUCCGGAACAGGAUAAGUUGCUACUUCAGAACAAAACCUGCCCGAAGGAUAAGCUUCAGCGCCAGGAGUUGCUGGUACAUCCUACUCCGGAGUUCGAGCGUUGGGUCCGGGAAGGAAAAGUUCUGAUGAAUUAUGUGUCUAAAAAGAUUGGAUCGCCGAUUGAUCGAUUCUAUGAUCUUGGGAUAACUUUGGAUACGCUGGAAACGUUACACGUUUUAGGAUUGAAGCUACCCUCCUGGUCUGAGGGAUUAUUUCCACGAAAAGCUAGAAAUUUCAUGAUGAUGUUCAUGAAAUCCUUCACAGGGACCCAGGAAUUGAAACAUAUACGAGGUGGCUCGUUGUUGGCUGAAUUUGUAACGAGGAUGAAAGACAAAAGAGAUGGUUUCGCUCGAAAAAAUCAAAACAUUAUGAUCUAUUCGGGUCAUGAUCUAACUCAGGUUAGUCUGUUGAACAGCAUGGAAAUGAGAGAGCAUCUAGUCAAGCGACCCGAAUGCGGCUCAGCGAUUGUGUUCGAACUUCACCAGAACAAAAUGUUCCGGAAUGAUCUCGAAGUGAGGAUGUAUCGUUUUCGACAGCCCGCAGAUAGAAAUCCCAUGAAGAUGGUGAUUCCUAAUUGUCCAGCGCCCUGCUCUCUAAAUCAAUUUGAAUCAGCUUUCAAACAUUUGUUGCUAUACGAUUUUGAAGAAGCUUGUAUGUCACUGUAACAGAAUCGUGAUAACAUGUGCAUCAUUCAAUACCGAAAUGUAAAUAAACACAGAUGGUAAACAGUUGCAGACGCCCUGUCGGUUAACUUGUCAGCAGAAAUUUCAGAAAAUUCAUUAAUGAUUCACUCAACCCAACAGCUUAUCGGACAAAUUGGUACACGUAUUUAAGCUGUCUCCGGGUGCUGUCAUAGUUUAGUCAUAUUGGUGGAAACGGAUUAGUGAGCAUGGUCAAGUUUGUGGUGUGUUUAUUGUUCCUGAGUUUGACGUCGUCGGCGCCGUCAUGGUGUGACGCCGCUUCAUCCUUCAGCAGUGGGUCGUUGCGGUCCCUCCAGAUGGCAAUCCUCAUGUUCAGACAUGGAGACCGAAGCCCGAUAACGACAUAUCCUACGGAUUCACACAAGGAUUACCCGUGGAUCGGGGGCUAUGUCGCAUUGCAACCAGUAAGGAUUUUUACUUAGAAAAUAACUUGUGUUGGUUUUA